AUUUUUUUAGGUUGCACAAAUGCCGAAAGAAGAGGUGGAGUUAGAUCCACCUGUCCCGAAAGGGCCCAAGGGCAAGAAAGCUGGAAGAGUUGGUGGACCAGGAGUAGGUGGAGUAGCGGGAGGUACAGGAGCAGGUAGAGGACGACCAUCUUCGGGUGCAGCUGCUGUUACUUCCAGUGUACCAAAUAGUUUAACACCUUCUGCUACGUCGGCUGGAACAACAGGCGUUAUACCCAUGCCGCCUCUUGGUACUCAGGCACCAGCCUCGGUACCUGGAAGCACGAAUACAACCACCAUCGCUCCUCCCUCAAGUAUGGGCGUUACACCGAUGGCUACUCACAAUUCUCUGCCUCAGCAAGUUGUCCCUCCAACCACGGGUUACCAUGCGCAGCCAGCGAUGGAUCCUCAAACAGCUUCUGCUGUGCCUCCACCUCCACAAGUCCCCACAACACCCACUGUAAUGCCUCCAUCACAACCUGCCAAACUCAAAAAGGGAGUUAAAAGAAAAGCUGAUACUACGACUCCUACCGCAAAUGCAUUUGACCCAUUGUAUGCACCUAUGGAUUCCAAGAAUGCCAAAAUACCUACGAGAAGGGAAUCUGGCAGGCAAAUUAAGAAGCCAACAAGACAAGCGGAAGACGGCUUAGUGCCAUACCAUCAGGCCAAUAUGCCUCUGAUGGGGGCAAUGGCCCAACAGCCUCCGCAUACUGGUGUCAAAGGAAAAGAAAAAUUGUCUGAAGCGCUGAAGUCUUGCAAUGAUAUUUUGAAGGAACUAUUCGCUAAAAAACAUUCGCCCUAUGCUUGGCCUUUUUACAAACCUGUUGAUGCAGAACUUCUAGGCCUUCAUGACUAUCAUGAGAUUAUCAAAAAACCUAUGGAUCUUGGUACAGUAAAGACGAAAAUGGAUAAUCGUCAGUAUAAAACGGCGCACGAAUUUGCAACUGAUGUACGACUCAUAUUUACUAAUUGUUAUAAAUAUAAUCCUCCAGAUCAUGACGUUGUUUCAAUGGCUAGAAAACUUCAAGAUAUAUUUGAAAUGAGAUAUGCUAAAGUUCCGGAUGAACCGAUGGGUAGUGGUAUGGUGGCUAUGAAAGGAAGCAGCAGUGGUAGUGGUAGUAGUUCUGGAGGGGAUAGUUCUUCCGAAAGUGAUGAUUCGGUUGAGGAACGUACUCAGAAAUUACUUGAAUUACAGCAAGAGCUGAAAGCUAUGCAAGAGCAAAUGAGGAAAUUAGUGGAAGAGAGCGGUAAGAAGAAAAAUAAAAAGAAGAAGCCAGAUAAGCCAAAAUCGAAGCCAAUGAGCAAUAAGAAUAGCAGCCUUGUUCCCAGUCAUACUGGUGCCAUGAAAGAACUUAUGAAACCGAGUGGUGGCAUUCCCAAUGUGUCAGACAGUGUUGGUGCUAGUAUAGCCAGUGUUGCGAUGGGUGCAGGCGACUUGAAAAUGCCUAGUGGCAUAGCUAGCGAUCUUCACCAUCAAGCUACAGCAGUAGGACCUAACAAGACUCAUGCUGCAGGAGGAAGCUUAGGACAUCAUUUGCCAACAACAGCGAAUGCUAAGCCAAAAGGUAAGGGCCGGGGACCCGGAAAAGCUGCCACAACUGCGAAUACCGCAACCAAAAGGCCGAAGGCUAACAGCAGAUCUACUGGGAACAAGAAGAAAAAUACUGGCAAUCAACCACCUCCGAUCACGUUUGAUUCGGAAGAUGAAGAUAAUGCUAAACCAAUGUCUUACGAUGAGAAGAGGCAGCUCAGCUUGGAUAUUAAUAAACUACCAGGUGAUAAAUUAGGUCGUGUUGUACACAUAAUACAGUCUCGAGAGCCUUCACUGAGGGAUUCAAACCCAGAUGAAAUCGAAAUUGAUUUUGAGACACUGAAGCCAUCAACGCUUAGAGAACUGGAAAGCUAUGUUGCGUCAUGCCUCAGAAAGAAGCCACACAAGAAAGUCAGUGGUAAGUCCAAGGAUGAACAAAUGGCAGAAAAGAAACAAGAAUUGGAAAAGAGAUUACAAGAUGUAACGGGGCAGUUAGGCAAUGUCAAGAAAACUGCCAAGAAAGAAGACAGUAGUAAGUCGGUUGAUGUAGUUGGAACUGGUGGUGCCAGUGGACCUUCGCGAUUGUCAGCAUCAAGCAGUAGUAGCAGCGAUAGUGACUCCAGCAGUAGUUCGCUUUCUUCAACGAGCACUGAUUCAAGCGACAGUGAAGCAGGAAACUCUUCGAAUCGUCCACAUAGAAAAAAAGCAAAGAAGAAUCCACCAAGUUCAGGACAUUCUGCAACGACUGCUACCGUAGCAUCGGCACCUACAUUAAAUCAUAGUGGAGCUCUUUUAAUGAAUAAUCAGCCAUCGAUGAAUUCUACGGGACCAAUAACAAAGCCGCCUGUUACUCAAGCAAGCAAUAUUCCUUCAGAAUCAGGGGGCAAUAAUAAUCAACAGCCUGUCGCAGUGGCUGCUGUUACAACAGGGCAAAGUAUACCUGUCGCGAGUCACGCGUCUAUGCCAGCCCAACCGUCACGACCUACAGCUCUGGCUACGGCCGCUCCUGUAAAAAAACCAACACCAACACCACCACCACCACCACCACCAACAACAUCUAACCCAUCAACUCCGUCGGUCUCUGUACCAACUCCACCGCCCAGCGUCACACCUACAAAUACAAAUUCUAUGACAGCUUCGCCAGCUAUAUCUCAACAACCACCGCAGCAGCCACCAACAUCCAUUAGUUCCUUUCCAAAUGCAAAUACAUCCGUAUCCACAGACGGAACAAAUUUAAAUCAACAGUCUGAUCUUUUACAGCCAUACAAUACUUUAGCUUCGGUGCCUACUACACAGUCCUCCUUGGAUCAAACACUUGCAAUCAAGAAGGAGCCGUCAUUUAUUCAAACACAAUCUACUUUAGAACAAGCGCUCGGUGUCAAGAAAGAAUCUUCAUUUAUCCAAACGUCUCAUACGACGAAUAAUACUAAUAACACCAAUCUCAAUUUACUAUCGGACGUAAAACCUGUGAAUAUGAUGCCGACGAGUAUGGCUUCUAAUCUGAAUUUGGGCAAUAUCAACAUGACAAAUUUAAAUAUGAAUUUACCGCAAGGACUGGCGGCACAUAUGUCUAUGCACAAUCAAUUAGAAAAUAUGAUUAAUACUACUGCGCCGUUGACUAAUAUACAGAAUUCGCAUAACGUUACAAUGUCGCAGCAGCAUUCCAACGGGUUUCCAAAUACAAAACGCGGAAAUUCACCGCCCAAUAUGCUGAAUAAUAACGGCAUUCCAGGAUUAAAUAUGGGAAUAAACGUUGGAGGCAUGAGUUCGAUAUUUGAUCCUCUUCCAAUAACAUCUAUGCCGAUGCAAAUUUCUCAGAUUUCUAUAAAGAAAGAAGAGAAGCCCAUAGCAAUUACUCAACCUCUACCGCAAAAGCCUAUGGAUGCAGGAGCUUUUUUUACAGAAAUAAACGCCCUAGGAAUGCCAUCGAUGGGUAAUCAUGCCAAUACUCAAUUGAUGCCUGAAAAGAAAAUGACCCCACCUGACUCGAAGAAUCCCGCUGCAAACUUUGCGUCAGCCUUUAAAAAUAAGACUGUAGAGCAGAACGUAAAAAAUGCAUCAUCAUGGUCUUCCCUGGCUCAAGCUUCGAGUCCUCAAUCGGCAGCUGCAGGAAGUAGUAUGAAAAGUGCAGCGCGAGACUCAUUCCAGGCAUUCAAGAAACAAGCUAAAGAAAAACAGGAUAGGCAAAGAGCACUAAUGGAGCAACAAGAGAUGCGCAGACAGCAGAAAGAACAAGCGGAACGAGAGAGAUUGCGGCAGGAGAAUGAAAGAAGACGGGAACGAGAAGAAGAAGAUGCUCUGGACAAAGUUAGAAAAAAUAUUGGAGAUCAACAAGGCAAUGUCAUGACUACCACAACAAGAGCGGAAGAAGUAAAAGCCAUUACUGACACAGAUAGCAGUAGUCCGAGUCAUUCGUCCAGUCAGGACAAGUCCGCCUCAGAAAGGGAACGUCUAAGGCUACGGGAGCAAGAACGCCGACGACGAGAAGCGAUGGCUGGCCAAAUUGACAUGAACAUGCAGAGUGAUUUGAUGGCUGCGUUUGAGGAAUCUUUAUAAUGUUACUAUAUUCUGUUUAUAAUAAAUCCACAAAAACUUGGCAGAACUCGGACGUAUGUUUGGUGUCGAACGAUGUUGUAGAAAUCUUUAAAUACGACGCCAAUCAAUAAACAAAAAUAACAUAGACAAUGAUAUCAGAUAAAUAAUAACGAUGACGACAUAGGCCAUGUGCUAGUUAUCAUAAAAUGGUGCAGUUGGGAUUGCCAUUCCCAACAUAAAACCCAUUUAGUCGUCAGAAGAUUCAAACGGUUCAUUAAAACUGAGACAAACUAUUGUCUCUAGAACGACAGACACUUAAGUGCGACUAUGUAAUUAGAUAAAUACUUAUAUGAUACUUCGAAAAUGCUACACUGACUAUUGUGUUACAUUUUUCCGGUUUUCAUAAGUUUGUACUUUAUGUAAAUUUGAAAACUAUAUAUUAUGCAAAUAAGAAGAGAGGUUUGCAUGUGAUAACCGAAUGCGUGCGAGUAGAUAUGAGUGUCAGCUUGAGGAAAAGUAAAAAUCGUGUACAUUUAGUUAAGUUUUGUAUUUUUCCACAUUGAGUCAUUAAUCGUUGGUAGGAUUAUGUAGAAAAGUUUCUGCCAAUAUAUGUAAUUAUUAACUAUUAUUAAUAAUGCUCUUGCAAAUUUCUUUCUCGAUUAUUCAUAUACGCUAUUUGUGAUCACAAAGAUAACUAGGCGUAUAUAUGAAUAAUGAUAGAAAAAUGUAAGACAAUACGAACAUCCAAGAACUUGGUGAAUUUAAUAACGAUCAUCAUGGCUGUCCAUUUGUGACCUCAAUUGAUCAACUGCUGAUUGAUCAGAAUAUUAACAUCUAUUGUGAUUGAUUCAAGAGCUAUUGCGAGCCAACUGGUCGAUUCAAAGCUAUUCAUUAACUCACUUUAGAACAAUGUCGUCAAUUAUUACGAGUAAUGAUAAGAUGAUUCUAGAAUUGAAGUAGUUUCGAUCCUACCAACUAUUAGAUCAAGACUAUGUACCUAAUUCUUGGUAUACUUUAGGCUCGUGGGAAAGAAAAUCGCGAUGCCGUACGAGUGGCGUUUAUUAGGAAAAAAUUUAUAUUUAUUCGAUCACUAGGGUAUUGUAUUCCGCGAUAUAUCGAAAAAUUAUUAAAAUAUAAAAAAAUUUUUUUAGGAAAACGUUUGCGUGUAAUCUUCAGAUAUCUUAAAAUCUCUUUAAGUUCGACGUAUCAUGAGCGAGUAAACAAAAGUUAUACGUUGAAAACUUCGGGCAUGGCUUACUUAAUUAAUAACUGAGCCGCCCGAACAAGAUACGCGAAUCAAGUGAAUCCUAACUAAAAAGUAAAAAAAAAAAGAAAGAAAUUAAUUGGCCAAAAAAGUACAAAAAGUGUUGAUUAAAGCAACUUUUCAUUAAAUGUGAUUAUUAAUUUAAUUAAUUUCUUAAAAGUAUGUAGAUUACACAAUCUUAACGGCAUUACUAAUAUGCCAAACAUACUAUAUUAAAUUAUUCAUUUAAUUGCAAUUUUAUUUUUUUAAGAACUAUAAACUUGUAUAGUGUUUAUUUGUUGUAAAUAUGACGGUACUUCGUCGGCGAUGAGCAAUCGUUAUGGUGGUGCAGUUUAUCGGAUGAAUUAUCCAAAAUGAUUGAUCCAAGUGUCUAAAACUUGGGAGUUUUUAAUAAAAUCAUGAUUUUUAUAAAAUAAGGAAUACGAUGAUUAAUUGGUCGGGAUUAAUUGAACGGAGAAGAAUAUAUAUAAUAUGAGAUUAAAAAAUCUUGAUAAAUUCAAAAUUUCUUCUCCGGCAAGUGUCAUAAUUCCUCGAGCUCUCUAUUAAAGACCAAGUUUUGAAAUAACGUAGAUAAAAAAAUUGAAAAGAAAAUAGGAGAAUAUUAUACUUGUCGAUAGAAAAGCCACUUCGAAUGUUCAUGCCGUCCUUCGCAAUUCUAUUGUCAUUAUUUCGUCUAUUGGAGAUCAACAAAGGGAGCUCGUCAGAAAAAUGAAAGCGAUCUUUGGACAGAGACAUGCUAUUCAUUUUUGGGUGUUGUUUGUUCUUUCAUAUCUGUAACGAUUUUGCUCUCAUUGAUCAUCGAGUAUCAAUAUCUAGCAAUAUUAGAAUAUUUCUGUAAUCUUUCGUUUUUAACGCGUCUUCGGGCCCAAUACGAGCGCCUAUUCGCAGUUUCUAUCUAAUCAAAAUUAAGAAAGAUUUAUGAUCUUAUUCUUAAAAUAUACUAUUUACACGCUGCGAUAGUAAUAUUUGCGCGGUUUAGUAUGUACAAUGAUUUAGUCAUCGGUAUGUUAUUGUUGUUGUAUAAACUUACGAAGAUAGGACAGUUUGCAAAAUUAACGAUUUAGUGGUGCAUAAAAAUUAAUAAGUAUAUCGAUUGUGUUCUUUUUAUGCGAAGUGGCAAGCAUCUAGCAUUACAUGCUUGGUUCGCAAAACAAAAAAAGAAAUUCUUUAACAAUCGGAAAUGAUUUGGAUAUUUUAUUUCAUUUCGUAGACUUCGAUUGUCUACAUGCGAAAAAAAAUUUCCAUUCGAAUGGAACUAUUAACGGUUUGAUUUGACGAAUAUUAUAACGUCACACGAUAACUUUUAGUAAAAUGGUAAUGUAAAUUAUUAGCAGAAGUGAUUAAA